CGUGACUCACGCAACUAGUGUACUGUGGCAUCAGACUGCCUCAGUGGGCUGUCGCGUAUAUUGCGGAGUGACAGGAGCGCAACACGCCUUUGUUCACCGCUGCACUCCCGUCUUUGGAGUUAGGUAGUUGUCAAGAUGGCUUCGAUCUACCCUUCACUUGAAGACAUGAAGGUGGACCAGAUGGCCCAGGCGGAGCGGGCCCAGUCGGGCGACACCCCGAGCUCGCUGCCGUACCCGACGCGGCCGCUCAUGCCGACGGCGCCCGGCCAGGAGCAGUUCGCCCACCUCUACCCGUCGCUCAGCGACUACAUGGGCCUGGAGCUGACGCCCGAGCUGGUGGCGCAGCUGGAGGACCAGGAGAAGCAGGUGGCGCUGCAGCAGCCGUCGGGUCUGGUGCCGUCCGCGUCCUCCACGCACGGCUACCAGCUGGUGGCGCCCAUCUCGGGCGCGUCGGGCGCCCUGCAGAAGGCCGCCGUCAGCCACGCCAUCCGGGAGGUGACUCUCUGCAAGGACCGCGACGGCCGCGUCGGCCUGCGCUGCCAGGAGAUCAACAAGGGCGUGUUCGUCGUGCUCGUGCAGAAGAACUCGCCGGCCGCCAUGGCAGGUCUCCGCUUUGGUGACCAGAUCCUCCAGAUCAACGAGGUGUCGGUGGCCGGCUACGACAUGGACAAGGUGCACGACAUGUUCAGGAAGGCGCGCUCGGACGCCAUCAAGGUGGCAGUGCGUGACCGGCCUUUCGAGCGCACGGUCACCAUGCACAAGGACUCGGCGGGCACGGUCGGCUUCCAGUACCGCGACGGCAAGAUCAUGGCGCUCGUCAAGGACUCGUCGGCCGCCAGGAAUGGGCUGCUCACCGAGCAUCACAUGCUGGAGAUCAACGGCCAAAACGUGGUCGGUCUGAAGGACAAGGAGACCAGGGCCAUCAUCGACGAGUGCGGCUCCGUGCUGACCGUCACCGUCAUGCCCUCCUUCGUCUUCGAGCACAUGAUGAAGAAGGUCCACAGCAGCGUCAUCCAGAAGCUGAUGGAUCACUCGGUACCCGACUUCUAGAGCGGCACCGGCCGACGGCGGGGCGCCGCCUGGGAACGCGGGGACCGGCCGCCGCCCGACGGCGGGCUGGGCCAGAUGUACUCAGCCCGGCCGCCGGUCCCCGAGUCUGCAGAUUAUCCCCCGGGAGGGACGCAAGCCGGCGCGCGUGCAGUGUCUUGACGGUGGCGUCUCGGGGAAGGUGGUCUAGCGGGUCCAAAUCGUCUGAGAAUUAAAUAACACGGGCAUGAACAUUCGUGCGGUUUAUCAGUACUUGCUUACGAUGUACUGCCACUGUAUUACGAUGAUAAGUGGGCUGCAUCCCUCCGCUGCAUUAUUGGACUUCGUGACGAGGAGGAAGAAUGUGUGUUUGUGAAUGAGUACUUCGCAUUUAAGGCUGUUUUGCUAGACUUCGCGUGGUGUAUACCUUCUGCUCUAAUCGGUUGUCAUCAUUUGAAUGCCAGGCUUAGUUCGCGGUCCCAGAGUAACCGUCUGUUUCCAAUAUUCCGGUGAAAAGCAUGCCUAAUGAUGAAAUACCUCGUCUCAACUCUCCGUGAAACUAUCAGGACAUAUUCUCUUACGUGGCGGUGACGUGUGUGUGUGGGCCUCCGUUCUUGCAUUGUAAUCGUGCCGUGGUGGAACGCGCGCUGCCGUGCACUCCCUGGCUGGCCAGCGUCCGUCCGCGCGCCGACUUCGGCGUGACAACGACGUUGCGUGCCUGUCGAAGCGUUCGUCCAUUGGUGCUCCGGCUUACGGCUGCCACAGAGGCCAGUCAGCGCGUUUUGUUGUGGCUAUGGUCCGCAAUUGGCUGGUUAGUCGUGGUGAUGACGUCAUGCGCCUGAAGAGCCGAGCUCCCGCGUGAUGGUCGCUGACAGAGCGACCCGCUUGCCUGAACGCGGCGAAGGUGGACAGCGCUGAUGCAGUGUUGCCUCCAGUGGCGAGACGUUCCCAAAACGGUCCAGGCGCUGCCGCGGUAAUGUUAGACUUAUGGCCAUCAUCGCGUGCCCAGCUAAAAACUUAUGUCAAAAUCUAGGAUUUUGGGAGCCCCCUUUAAAUGGGGGCGUGUAAAGUACAGAGGAGGGCACCGCGCGGUCCGGCUUGAGCGGCCGCCCCGUGCGAUGAAGUGCUCUUACGUGCGUCCUCGGUGUUACGGCGACACGAGCCGUGGAAUAUUAGUCAGGAAUGGGGGCGGGUAGACUGCCGCUCGCCAGCCAUAUAGAACGUGUGCGAAUCUAAGGUAGACGUUGUAAGCUCGCACCUCCUGUGUGGCACCCAGCUGCACCCGGCUGCGAUUAUUAUCGUCCUCUUCAGUCGGGCACGAUGCGGCCCGACCGUCUCGCUUGGUCCUGUCCUGUCACCAGCACGGCAUCCGGCAGCGACGCGCCGUUCCGGCCGGGCGACGCAGAGUGCUGGGUCGCGGUCACUGUCGUCGGCGUGGUGGUCUGUGGUGGCUCUCGCUCAGCAGCCCGGCGGGACCGACGUAACGCAGCUGUUGAGCGUUGACAGCCACACGCUGGAUUUCGAUGUCCUGUUUCGGUGUUAUUCAUACGCUGCUUUUGAUUCUCGGCCUUUUGAGACACCAAGGCUUCGGUGCUCGCAGGCUGCUUUUUUAUCCGAAUGUUCUGGCUUCCGUAGGUAGUUGGGACCCGAUUAGGGAUCCGUGCCCUAUGUUAUUUCUGAUCGGUAAAAUAAACGUGACUUUAGCAA